AAUUUAAUAAAUUCGGAUUGCCUAAUAAUGUACCCAGUAAGACUUCUUUUAGUAACGCCAUAACGAAUUGUACGAAAAAUUAGGAGUUUCCUUUAACGAUGCACUGCAUUUUCAAAGAAUAACAAUCCCGGCCGUCUAAAAUUAAAGUUUCAGUUUUUCUCUGCUUUCCCCGUCCCAUAUUGAAUUUGUUUAGUAAUUUUCGGAAAGUUUCUGGUAAUUUUUUGUGUUGGCGGUUUUAAAACCUUUCAAAUGGACAGCGAAAGUGAACAUAAGCAGAACACAGACGACGAAAACCACGAAGAAGGCGAGGAACUCGGCGUGAUCCCUUUGCAAUUGAUAAAAAUACACAGAAAUACGCCGCCGCCCUCGUUCUCGAACCAAUCGGCAGUUAGAAGCCGAUACUACAAACAAACAUACAGACCGGCAUGGGAGCAAAUGCCAGAUUUUAAAGGAUGGCUUAGGGGUGUUGAAGGGGAACCUACCAGGGCCUAUUGCACCUACUGUGAGAAAACUUUACACGCUCACAGACUUAGCCUGUUGAAACACACUUGCACGAUUCGACACCAAAAAGCUGCCCAAUCCCAUUCAACGCGAAAAAAUAAAGCAGGCCAGAGGCAACGCAUGGAAUCCGAUGAGGUGGAAACUGUUUUUAUGAACGAGGUCAGCAUGCUGCAGGAAGAGAGUGAAGACGGGGAAACCCAGUUUAUAGAGUACUCAGAUGGAGAUAUCGGUUUGGAACAAGACGAUCAACAUGAACCAAACGAUGAGGACGAGGAUGAAAAUGAAGUUGACUCAAGUCAAUUUAAAGAAACGUCUACAUUCCAGAAGCAAGAUUCAAGUGCUACAGAUAAGACGCCCAUUUCCACUCAUGUAGUGGACACCACCCGUGGCAGUCCUGUGGUGGGUCUUUCUGUCAGUUUGUACAAGUUGAUCGAAGGACGCUGGACGUACAUUAACGAGGGGUUGACCAACACUCAGGGGCGGGUCGGGCAAUUCAUCAGUCGGGCGGACUUCAGUACUGGUCGUUACAAGCUCCAUUACGACGUCGACAGGUACUUUGAGUCGAAAAAGCAAGAGAGCCUAUAUCCGUUUAUCGAGGUUGUUUUCGAUAGCUGCUCCUACAGCGAUAGCUACCACUUUCCUCUGUUGCUGAGUCCCCACAGCUACACCACCUACCGGGGAUUUUGAAUCUGAUAAAUUACUUGUCUUGAAUUGUUUUAUUUUAGAAAUAGAUUUAAAAUGUAAUUAUUAUGGCAGUAUACAAAUAAACAAUCUUAUUGUGGAGUCAC